AUGUUUCGUCUGGCUAAUCUGGGUAGUCGAUCAUCAUCGGCAAUAAUUUCUCAAAUAAUAAAACGUACAUAUGCUAAAGAAAUCAAAUUUGGCUCAGAAGCUCGUGUACUAAUGUUACAGGGUGUGGAUAUAUUGGCAGAUGCUGUCGCUGUCACUAUGGGUCCAAAGGGACGAAAUGUUAUUCUUGAACAAAGUUGGGGUUCACCGAAAAUAACAAAAGAUGGUGUCACAGUGGCUAAAGGAAUUGAACUAAAAGAUAAAUUUCAAAAUAUUGGUGCAAAAUUGGUACAAGAUGUAGCCAAUAAUACAAAUGAAGAAGCUGGUGAUGGAACAACAGCAGCAACAAUUCUUGCACGUGCGAUAGCCAAAGAAGGUUUCGAUAAAAUAAGUCGAGGUGCGAAUCCAAUCGAAGUACGAAGAGGCGUUAUGUUAGCUAUUACAGCUGUCGUUGCUGAGUUAAAAAAAAUGUCCAAACAAGUAACUACACCAGAAGAAAUCGCUCAGGUAGCAACAAUUUCUGCUAAUGGAGAUGUAUCGAUUGGUGACAUUUUGUCAAAUGCAAUGAAAAAAGUGGGAAAAGAUGGCGUUAUCACAGUCAAGGACGGAAAAACUCUAAUUGAUGAAUUGGAAGUUAUUGAAGGAAUGAAAUUCGAUCGUGGUUUUAUCUCACCUUACUUUAUUAAUACAUCUAAAGGUGCAAAAUGUGAAUUUCAAGAUGCACUUACACUUCUUAGUGAGAAAAAAAUAUCAUCUGCUCAAGAAUUGCUUCCAGCCCUUGAAUUAGCCAAUAGCUCAAGAAAACCGUUAUUGAUCAUAGCUGAAGAUAUUGAUGGAGAAGCAUUAACUACUCUUGUUCUUAAUAGACUAAAAGUUGGUUUACAAGUAUGUGCUGUGAAGGCCCCCGGAUUUGGUGAUAAUAGAAAAAACACAUUGAAAGAUAUCUCAAUUGCAUGUGGUGGAACAGUGUUUGGUGACGAAGCAAAUAUAGCGAAAUUAGAUGAAAUACAAGCAAGCGAUUUUGGACGUGUAGGUGAAGUAUCAGUAACGAAAGACGAUACAUUAUUAAUUAGAGGUAAAGGUGAUCCACAAGGUAUACAACGCCGAAUUGAUCAUAUAAGAGAAGAAGUCGAAGAAACAAAUAGUGAAUAUGAAAAAGAAAAAUUACAGGAACGUUUAGCUAAAUUAUCAAAUGGAAUUGCUGUUUUGAAAGUGGGUGGUUCGUCCGAGGUGGAAGUGAAUGAGAAAAAAGAUCGUAUUACUGAUGCAUUGAAUGCCACACGAGCAGCAAUUGAAGAAGGAAUUGUACCUGGCGGUGGUGUGGCACUUUUGAGGUGUCUGAAAACAUUAGAUAAAGAUGUACCAACGACUAACGAGGAUCAGAAAAUUGGCGUUGAAAUUGUGCGAAAAGCGUUACGUAUGCCAUGUUUUACAAUUGCUAAAAAUGCCGGUAAAGAUGGCAGUGUUAUUGUUGAAAAAAUCAUUAAUAGUUCAUUUGAAAUUGGGUAUGACGCACAGACAGAUCAGUUUGUUGAUAUGGUGAAAGCUGGAAUUAUUGAUCCAACCAAAGUUGUUCGAUCAGCAUUACAAGAUGCCAGUGGUGUUGCAUCAUUAUUAACAACGGCUGAAGUUGUUGUUGUUGAAAUGCCUAAACCUGAAAAAGAAGCAGCAGCCCCUGGGAUGGGUGGCGGUAUGGGUGGUAUGGGCGGUAUGGGUGGAAUGUAUUAG